CCUUCAUCGCCGGACAUGUGGACGCUUCAAAAAGGCACUAACAUUUCUUAGCCCUUGACAGUUCCCAAACUGCUAUCCGACGGUGUGUGACGAUCAGUAGAAAUUACAAAAUAUUGUUGAACACUCGACCGGCUACACAGCGCGCACAUUAAAAAAUCUUUAUUUCGAUACAUUCAAUCAAACAAAAAUGGAUGAAGUCGAUUCCGCUCCUUUGGAUUUGACAGUAAACAAAUCACCCGAAGUCGUUGCCAAAGUAGAGAUUGAUCCGGUCGAGUUUGAGGAAUAUGACGAGGUGGACGGAAUGGAAUUGGACGUGGGUGUACCAUUAGAUUUGACAAGUUCUGCAGCGGUGGCGCACAAAAGUCCUGUUCCGAUUUCAGCUAGAUCGCCUUUGGCUCGCUCACCACUCGGACGUUUGCCCUUGGCUCGUUCUUCGCCUGAAACGCAACCUCCACCACCCGCAGCCGUCGUCGCUCCUAGCGUAUACAGGGCACCUGCCGUAUCACCUCAAAUAGCUGACCACGUGCCCCCCAGUCCAUUAGACGGAAGUGGAAUUGAUGCUUCAUAUCAUCCACACAGAUAUGCGGCUGAAUACAAUCCGUUUAUGGCGGCCGCAGCAGCUGCAGCGGCAGCAGCCGUUUCUGCAGCUCCGCACCAUCACCAAUAUCACCAUCAUCACCUUCCUGUACACACUACGUACCCUUCAGGAUUAUCUGGGCACGACUUCAACCCCAUCAUGAUGAUACCCAAGAUGGCAAGCAGCCCGGUGUACGUGGCUACAUCACCCGAAUCGAAUCCUUUCUACGGCUCUUAUGAAUGCAUGUCUUCUAGAUCGGCUUAUGAUUUCUGUCGUUUCCCAUAUUAUGGCGGAGCCCAUUCCGAGAGAUUGUCUCCAGAAUCGACAACUGUGGAUGCGAACGUGUGUUCGGGUGGUGGAGAUGACGUUCGUGAUGUCGAUCCAGAAGAGAUAGCCGCAAUUUAUAGACAGACAGAUUUCGUGGCUUUCAGACAGCGGUACUUGGAAAGUCUAGGACCACCGAAAAAUUUUGAAAAAAUGCGUCGGUCUGUACCUAAUAAAAAACCGCCAGGACCCGAUGGACAGCAGAGUGACCAGACCUACGUGAUGAAGAGGAAGAAGAACAACGAAGCGGCCAAACGGUCUAGGGACGCCAAGCGGCAAAAGUACAUUGAAAAUCAGAUAAGUGUGAUGUACCUCACUAAAAAAGUGAGCGAGAUGAAGGAAAUCAAAAGGAGACUUCUCAUGUCGAUGUGAAAUCGUUAAUUUUAAACACUCUCGUCAUUUAUUUAGUAUUUAUUAUGAGUGAAUUAUUUUAAGUACUAAAUGAUUAUAUUAAUUAUAGUGUUUACAAUUAACGGUUAAACUGUAUCAUACGAUAAAAUUUUCCGCGCAAGGGCGUUCUAGUCUAUAUUUGUAUAUUUUUUUUUUUUUUUAAUGAUAUUUUUACAGUACUUUUGCAGCUCAACCCAAUGGAAUCGAUUCGAUUUCUUCACUUAAAUUAUUGUUCAACUCACUUAAUUUAUAAAUAUUUAACCUAAUUAAUUUAUUGUUCUAACAACUGUACUCCUUAAUGAUAGGAAAAAUAAUUUUGAUAAAACAACAUUUAUUUAUUUAUUUUUAUAAGUUUGACGAUUAUAAUAAUAAUUUAAAUUAUUCAAAGUCUACUACCAAAGUAGCACUCGCGUUUUAACGUUAUUAUUUUUUCUACAGUUCUGUAUAAUUUGUGUAAUUUAUUUGCUAAGCUAAUACAUGCUCUACAUUAGCGCUCUUUCACUAUUUCGUGUUGCGCACAAUUA